UAGCACAGCGACUGUUCUCAGCACACUAGCACAGUCACCCGGGCCGGCACGGACAGAGAGUCGCGCUGCUGCACUGACGUCAGCACGGAGCGACUUAUUGUACGCGUCACUGGCCGCGUCCUAGUGCUGCUCACUGCUCUGAGCCGCCCCCGCCGGAAGGAGGAUCCAUCCCGGCCGCCCCCACCACCAGAGGCUCGCUCGACACCGGCCCACCCUGCACGGAAGGCAAGCAUUGCAUUGCAGCCUCGCAGCAGCACAGCCUCCCCCUCUCCUACCCGGAUCCCGCCAAACAUGCCCAGUUUAGUGAUUUGCCCAACAAAGAAAGUGGAUGCUGUCUGACUCGAAGUGUGUGCUCUCUCCAAGGCACAUGCGCAAAACAGAAAAUGCUGCAGGAGACAAUCUGGAAUGUGAACCUGAUGAAUUUUCGGAUGAAGCAAAUGCUGAAACCUUCUAUGGCACCACUCCUCCCAGCAAUCCCCGACAAAUGAAACGCAUGUCAGGCAAACAUCAACGGAACAGCACUGGGAAGCCGGUUAGCCGCUCCUUAUGUAAAGAAAAGAUGAGUACACCAAAUCAGAAAGAAACCCCUCCGAAAGAAGCCGGUAAAAACAUUGAAAAUGUGGAGGACCACAGCUACCGGCAGGAAAAAAAGAACAGAGCAACGCUUAGGACUACGGAGAGAGAUCGUAAAAAAAACGUACAAUGUUCAUUUAUGCUGGAUCCAGGCGGUGGAUCCUUGCCAAAAAAAUCCAUACCAGAUGUUGAUCUUAAUAAGCCUUACCUCAGCCUUGGCUGCAGCAGUGCCAAGCUACCCGUGUCUGUACCCGUUUCUGGAUUUGCCAGGACCACACGACAGACCUCAAGGACAGACUGCCCAGCUGACCGCUUGAAGUUUUUUGAGACCCUUCGUCUUCUUCUUAAGCUUACAUCUGUCUCUAAGAAAAAGGAAAGGGAACAGAGGGGUCAAGAAACAGCUGCUAUGUGGCUGAAUCGAUCUAAUGAGCUAUUCUGGCUAGAGUUACAAGCUUGGCAUGCCGGCCGCAGCAUUAACGACCAAGACUUGUACCUUUAUACAGCACGUCAGACCAUACCUGAAAUCAUUAAUGAAAUUCUAACUUUUAAGGUGAACUAUGGUAGGUUGUCUCUUGUCAGGAACGGGGGCGAUCUCAAUGGGACUUUUUCAGAGGGCCAGUUUAUGGGCUCUCGGGAAGCGCUUGCUGACGGUCACUUAAGUUAUCAUGACCACAUCCAGAAACAACGAGUCUCUUUUGAGCAAGUAAAACAGAUUAUGGAACUUCUGGAGUACAUUGAGGCACUUUACCCAUCAUUGCAGGCUCUUCAGAGAGACUAUGAAAAAUAUGCUGCAAAAGACUUUCAAGCAAGAGUGCAGGCACUCUGCUUAUGGCUUAAUAUAACCAAGGACCUAAAUCACAAGCUGAGGAUUAUGGGAACUGUGCUAGGCAUCAAAAACCUUUCUGACAUUGGCUGGCCAGUGUUUGAAAUUUCUUCACCACGUCCAUCAAAUGGUCCAGAGGAGGAAGACAACGACAUGGAACAUGAAAGGGAUAUGAGCACAGAGGGCUCUGGGACAUGUACAGAAGAAAGCGAAGGGGAAAAAGACGAUAAAGACAGCAUAUUAUAUACUAGGCAGUACACUGACAAUAACUUAAACAAUAGCGUAAAGAGUCCAUUUAUAAAAGGGGAAAGUUACCAAAAAAUACUGGACAGAUUUGUGUCUGAGGAUGACUCUUGCUGGGGAGUUCCAGACUGCUGCCAUGACACUGGUUGUAACAGACACUGUUUGACAUCAAUAUACAGGCCCUUUGUGGACAAAGCAUUAAAGCAAAUGGGGCUACGAAAGCUGAUUUUAAGGCUUCAUAAAUUAAUGCAUGGCUCACUUCAGAGGGCACGCACAGCCCUGAUAAAGACUGAUCAUAAACUGGAGUCUUCAGAAUUCCCAGACCUCAUGUUAUGCUUGGAUUACUUGCCUGAUCUGUUGAAGCAGUCGUCUAGCUCCAUGCUGAACUUUGAACCCUCAUGUGACCUGGUCUCAUUGGAAGAGCUGAGAGCCAUGGAUUUACCAUCAUUUGAGCCGGCUUUCUUGGUUCUCUGCCGGGUGCUUUUAAAUGUAAUUCAUGAAUGUCUGAAACUGAGAUUGGAGCAGAGGCCUGCUGGAGAGCCGUCACUUCUAAGCAUUAAACAGCUAGUGAGAGAGUGCAAAGAAGUGCUGAAAGGUGGCCUGCUGAUGAAGCAAUACUAUCAGUUUAUGCUAAGAGAGGUGUUGGAUAACUUUCAAAAGCCUGAUUGCAACAUUGAUGCUUUUGAGGAAGACCUGCAAAAAAUGUUAAUGGUGUACUUUGACUACAUGCGUAGCUGGAUCCAUAUGUUACAGCAGUUACCUCAAGCUUCCCACAGCCUGAAAAACCUUCUAGAGGAAGAAUGGAAUUUUACCAAAGAAAUUACUCCGUACAUACGAGGAGGAGAAGCUCAGGCUGGGACACUUUUCUGUGAUAUAGCGGGAAUGCUGCUUAAGUCCACAGGGAAGUUCCUGGAUGCCGGCCUGCAGUACAGCUGUGAUGAAUUUUUAGCCAGCACUGACGAUAACAGUGUCUCUGAUGAAAUAAGGAGAUCAGUCAUUGAAACUAGUCGAGCAUUAAAAGAACUCUUUCAUGAAGCCAGAGAGAGAGCAUCCAAAGCACUUGGUUUUGCUAAAAUGUUGCGAAAGGACUUGGAGAUUGCUGCAGAGUUUACCUUUUCUGCACCUGUAGGAGAGCUGUUAACUUACUUAAAAACCAAAAAUUAUGCAAAGGUGUUAAUUCCUACCCUGGAGAAUGUGCAUGCGUUUGUGCCCGACAACCUCUGUAGAGGAAAAACGGAUAUUUUGCAGUUACUAAAUGCAGCAGCUGGUAUAGACUGUUCAAAGGACUGUGAAGAUGUGGCAUAUGAGGCCUUUUUGCUGAUGACCAUGCACUCAGACAGGGACCAGGAAGUGGAGGAUGUCUGGGCUUGUUGGGACGGACAAACAGUUAAAGUAGUGCCACCAGUGGAAACUGCUGAUACUCUCAGGAGUAUGCAGGUUGACAAUCUACUGCUUGUGGUGAUGCAGUCUGCCCACUUGUUGAGCCAUAGAAAGGCUUUCCAGAACUCCACUGAGGAAAUUUUGUCUUUGCGGCUGGAACAGACAUCUAGCAACCCUGUGAUUGCAGAAGCUUUGCAUCAACUCAAGAGUGAUGCGUUGCAACUCUGCACAAAGAUCAGCAGUGCCAUUGAUAGGGUGGAUCAAAUGUACACCUCCGAAUUUGAAGCGGAGGUGGAUGAAUCGGAAUCUUCCACUCUGCAGCAGUAUUACCGUGAAGCAAUGAUUCAAGGUUAUAACUUUGGUUUUGAGUACCACAAAGAAGUAGUUCGCUUGAUGUCUGGGAAAUUCAGGCAGAAAAUUGGUGACAAAUACAUCAGUUUUGCGAGGAAAUGGAUGAACUAUGUGCUAACAAAAUGUGAAAGUGGACGUGGCACCAGACCAAGGUGGGCAACUCAAGGUUUUGACUAUCUGCAAGCCAUUGAACCAGUGUUCAUUUCAGCACUUCCCGAAGAUGACUUUCUGAAUUUACAAGCACUCAUGAAUGAAUGCAUUGGUCAUGUUAUUGGAAAACCUCAUAGUCCUGUUACAGGUUUGUACCUUGCUACGCAUCGCAAUAGUCCAAGACCUAUGAAGGUGCCUCGUUGUCAUAGUGACCCACCAAACCCACAUCUAAAUACUCCUGCACCUGAAAGCUUCAGCAAUCGUGUUGUCUCUUGUGAUGUGAAGAGUCAGUCCAACACAGCUGCCGGUCGCCCCACCCCUCUUGGUAGCGACAUGGCUCAACAAAAAUACUUCAACAAUGCAAAUGAUAACAGGGGAUCAAGUGUUCCAGAAAAUGACCGUCUGGCCUCCAUAGCAUCAGAGUUGCAAUUUAGAUCUCUUAGUCGUCACUCGAGCCCAACAGAGGAGAGAGAAGAGCCCAUUUAUCCGAAAGGAGAACAAGGAGCUUCUACAAGACGAAGUUGGGAACUUCAGACACUUAUCACUCAGACUCGAGAUAUAGCUGCCAGGCAUCGACCUAUGGAUACGAUUCAGAAGUCGGUCAAGUUAUUUGAAGAUGAACGUUAUAGAGAGAUGCGAAGUAAAAAUAUAAUUGGCCAAGUCUGUGAUACCCCUAAGUCCUAUGACAACGUUAUGCAUGUUGGACUUAGGAAAGUGACAUUUAAAUGGCAGAGGGGAAACAAAAUUGGUGAAGGACAGUAUGGAAAGGUCUACACAUGCAUUAGUGUUGACACUGGAGAGCUCAUGGCGAUGAAAGAAAUCCGCUUUCAGCCAAAUGACCAUAAGACCAUAAAGGAAACUGCUGAUGAACUGAAAAUCUUUGAAGGCAUCAAGCACUCAAAUCUUGUCCGUUAUUUUGGUGUAGAACUUCACAGAGAAGAAAUGUACAUUUUCAUGGAAUACUGUGAUGAAGGUACUUUGGAGGAAGUUUCUAGGCUUGGUCUUCAGGAACAUGUUAUAAGACUUUACACAAAGCAGAUCACCAUUGCAAUAAAUGUGCUCCAUGAACAUGGUAUUGUUCAUCGAGAUAUUAAAGGAGCAAACAUAUUUCUUACAUCUUCUGGCUUAAUAAAAUUGGGAGACUUUGGCUGUUCAGUGAAACUGAAGAACAAUGUGCAGACCAUGCCUGGUGAAGUAAACAGCACAUUGGGAACAGCAGCAUACAUGGCCCCAGAAGUGAUCACCAGAGCUAAAGGAGAAGGACAUGGACGAGCAGCAGACAUUUGGAGUCUUGGCUGUGUCCUAAUUGAAAUGGUUACUGGAAAAAGACCAUGGCAUGAAUACGAACACAACUUCCAGAUCAUGUACAAAGUAGGGAUGGGACACAAGCCCCCCAUUCCAGAUCGAAUAAGCCCAGAAGGAAAAGAUUUUCUUUCUCAUUGCAUGGAAAGUGACCCAAAGAAGCGAUGGACGGCUAGCCAGCUCCUGGACCAUCCGUUUGUCAAGGUUUGCACAGAUGAAGAAUGAAGCUGUUGAGAAAAUAUGGCCUAAUGUAUUUCAGCAAGUCAUCUCUUAAUCACUACUGUAUGUAAUAUUUACAUAAAGACUAAGCUGAGGCACGCAGUGCGACAUUGUGUAUUACCGUGACUUAAGACUGCACAUGACAGCCGUCACUUCUCCUCCUGCUGCUCUUUUACAUGUUCUCCAUGUGACAAUGUCCUGCACGUUUUUUUUUCUUUAUUUUUUUUUUAUGUAAAAACUGCAUGUAUCAGUGAAGUGCCAUUACUACUGUAUAUGGACCAUUGUGUUUUCAUUUGUUCUCCAGCUUUUUAUUUCUCAUAUGAUUGAGAACUGUAAUAAAACAUAGUACUGUUUUAAACUCUUCAGGCUCUGACGCAAGUUGUAGUAUUACCAAGCAUUCUGGACCUUGUAAAUGUUUUUACUUUCCCUGUUCAGUGCACUGUGAUCCUGUCAUUUUAUGGCCAGCUUUGAAUUUGUUAUGCAAGAAAAAAGUUAAUUAAUGAAAUUCAAAGAACAUUUUCUUAAUAAAUGGUUUAUUUUA